UACUUUUACACAAACAACACGAAACGCGCAUGCGCAUCAGCUGUGGCGACAGAUUCGUGGCAGAGUGGGGGGGGAAAGGCAGUAAAACACGGAGGUGACUUCUUCUUCUUCGGUUGUCCCCGAUAGACUUCUUCCUCGUUGCGGUCCCGGUAUACUUCUUCUUGUUCUUGUUCUUCUUCUUCUUCUUCUUCUACCGUCCCCGGUAGAGCGCGAUGGCCGGCACCGCGCUGAAGAGGCUCAUGGCGGAGUAUAAACAGCUCACACUCAACCCACCCGAGGGCAUCGUAGCAGGUCCAGCCAACGAGGAGAACUUCUUUGAGUGGGAGGCGCUCAUCAUGGGUCCUCAGGAUACCUGUUUUGAAGGAGGCGUGUUCCCAGCCGUGCUCAGCUUCCCGUCCGACUAUCCUCUCAGUCCUCCGAAGAUGAGGUUCACCUGCGACAUGUUCCACCCCAACAUCUACGCGGACGGCCGGGUGUGCAUCUCCAUCCUUCACGCGCCAGGAGACGACCCCAUGGGCUACGAGAGCAGCGCGGAGCGCUGGAGUCCAGUCCAGAGCGUGGAGAAGAUCCUGCUGUCUGUAGUCAGCAUGCUGGCAGAGCCCAACGAUGAGAGCGGGGCCAAUGUGGACGCCUCUAAGAUGUGGCGUGAGGACCGGGAGCAGUUCUACAAGCUGGCCCAGAACGUGGUGCGCAAGUCUCUGGGUCUCUAGAGCCGCGCCGGGUGCUUCAGGAACACCCGGGGAGCGACACCCGACACCCGACACCACGCAGGAGGAGGAUCUAUUCCCCGAUGGACUUCAGUCAGGAGCAACGCAAAACUUCAAAUUUAAGAGGGGAGAAGAAGAAAAGCCUCUGACAUCAUCGGUGGGGCUGCCAGCUUCUUCUUCAUUAUUAUUGUUACAGGACAUUUGGUUAAUUUAACACUAAUCAAUAUAAAUAGAAUAUUAUAAAUUGACCAAUAGAGAAUUCUAAAGGUUGUCUUGUAGGAAGUCAGUGAGGUGAAGGACGACCCUUUCACAAUAAAACUUCAUCACGGAGUUCAGAGAAUCUGCGGUCAGUGUUUUACUGAUUAUUAAACAUGUUUUCAUUUCAGAGUACUGAGAGUACUGAGAGUACUCUCAGUACUCCGAGUACUCUCAGUACUCCGAGUACUCGGAGUACACAGACUUGUAUUUAAACUCAACAUGUCAGAGUACCGGGACGUUUUGGGUUUAGAUGCAACGGAGGAUGUGCCGAUGCUUCCUGCUGCUGUCGUCUGAUCAGCUGGUUUUAUUGUGGUGGAGGAGAUGAAGAUGAUGAUGAUGAUCAGGAGCUCCUUCAGCUUCUCUCAGUUGGACUUAAUGCACUUUAUCUGAAGGUUCAGAGGAGCUUGUUUUUAGUGGCGCUGGACGUGCCCGUCUGCUCUUAAAGGUACAGGCGACAGUUUCUUUUAAUUUGUCUUUUAUUUUGAAAGAAUAAACUGAGUGGAAAAGAA